AUGUUGAAUGAUCAAAGGGCUUUAACCACAACCAGUAGAGAAGAUGAUCAAAACUAUGAAGAUGAACAUAUCAGAGACAUCCAUGCCUUAACCCCACCUCAGCCUCGGUCGGUUCGCAAUCGAAGAGAGUCUUGGGAAACAAGUAGCCAUAUAUCAUCAAACUUAUCCAUGGCAAGCAUUGAAGGAACUACAAGUGAAAAUUUCACGAGUAUUAGUAGAGAAUUUAGUGCUCUAGUACUUGCAGGGUCGACGGUAGGGAACACUAGCAAUGAUGGUGAUGAUAACAACACUAACAACUUGGGGAGUAUUGGUGAAGAGGAAACAAACCCUUUGGCUAUAGUGCCGGACAAUAAUCCAUUGGACCCCGUGGCAUCCCCUAGACCUACCACGGACGGGGGCUCUUUGGUGAACGGAAAUCACAGUGAGGUUUCAGUGCAGAGAGUGAAGAAAGAGGAGGUCGAGUCGAAGAUAAAUGCUUGGCAGACAGCAAAAAUCGCGAAGAUCAACAAUCGUUUUAAGCGUGAGGACGCCAUAAUCAAUGGUUUGGAGGGUGAGCAAGUUCAGAAGAGCACUUCAUGGAUGAAGAAAGUUGAGAGGAAGCUUGAGGAGAAAAGAGCAAGAGCUAUGGAAAAGAUGCAGAAUGAGAUAGCAAAAGCACACAGAAAGGCAGAGGAGAGAAGAGCCUCAGCUGAGUCCAAGAGGGGAACCAAAGUGGCCAGGAUUCUUGAAGUUGCCAACUUGAUGAGAGCCAUUGGAAGAGCUCCUGCCAAGCGCUCCUUCUUCUAA